GUGGAGCUGGGGAAGGUGGAGUGUUUCAGAGAAACUCUGAAAAGCGCGCUGCAGGAAUCUCUAGUGAAUGCUAGCCAGCCAUAUAAAUGCAAGGCAGUAAGCUCAUUGGCUGCAUAUGCAGCAUGAACCAAUCAGCUUGUGCCAAGUCAUUUAACUCUCUGAAUAUCAUCGGUUACAUUAACAAUCCAUCAGCCUGCGCGAUCUAGAUGUAGUGAUGUUGUUAAAACGUCACCAUCAUUAAUUAUGUGACCAAUGAGCUGCCUCCCAGUUAGGGUAUAUAAGUCGGUUGGUUCUGUCUCUUGGAGUGUGUCAUGGUUGAAAGCCCGCCCCUUUCUUUCUGUUAUGGACUACUAAGGAUCAUGUGGAACAGGCAAGAUACAUGAGACCUGUGUACCCCACCAAAACCUACCCAAAUUUGUAUACAAUUACAACAACACCGUUGUUUGGCUCAGCUGUGGGAGCUGAAAUGACCUAACAAGAUGGGAGUGGCCACACACCUGUCAGACCUGUUCCUGAUACAUGACUCCAGCAGGAUUCUCCCAUGCAUUAGUUCUUUGUUCAACCUGUAUUUGUCAAGCUGAAUGAGUAUGGCGGAAACACCGAACCCGGCGACUACCUCCUUUCCAGCACCGACUAUUUCUCUACCCCUUGGAAUGGAAAUAUUGAGGACAUAUUCAGGGGCCCUGAUUUGUUUGGAAAUUGUGUUUGGAGGGUUGGUGUGGAUAUUAGUAGCGUCGACGAAUGUGUCUGUGCCAUUGUUGCAGGGAUGGGUGAUGUUUGUCUCAGUAACCAUGUUCGUCUGUUCAUCUCUAUACCUUUCCCUGUUUCUGCUGGGCCUGGCUGACAAGAUUAACACUGAUUUGAAUUUCAUGGACAUGUUCUACCAUUUCAUCGCUUUGCUGUUUUAUUUUGGUGCAUUUUUGCUGGAAGCUACAGUUUCAUCUGCGGGUACAUAUGCAAACAACACCUGCAUACGCAGACCCCGUGGCAAUAUAAUAACAUUUCUGGACUAUAGAGAAUAUAGCAUUAAUGUUGCUGCUGCGAUAUUUUCAUUUAUAGUGACUUUGUGUUAUGGCUGUAGCAUGUUCAUGGGCUUCAGGAGAUGGAGAAAAUAACAAAAAUGAAGCAUAUGUAACCAAUUCAUAACACAAUAUCAAAUGUAAACUGUACUGUUAUGGACAUUACAUAAGGUGAUCAUGGUUUACUACAAUGUCUCUAGGGACUUAAGUCACAUUAAAGUAAAGAAUAAUUUUAAUUUUAAUUUUUUUUCUUAUUUUUAUUUUAUUAAUAUAUAUACCGUGCAUAUGGAAAGUAUUCACAGCGCUUCACUCUUUCAACAUUUUUUUAUAUUACGGCAUCCUGUUUCUACUGAUCAUCCUUGAGAUGUUCCUAAUGGAGUCCACCUGUGGUAAAUUCAGUUGAUUGGACAUGAUUUGGACAGGUACACUCCUGUCUAUAUAAGGUCCCACAGUUAACAGUGGAUGUCAGAGCACAAACCAAGCCAUGAAGUCCAAGGAAUUGUGUAGACCUCCAAAACAGGAUUGUAUCAAGGCACAGAUCUGGGGAAGGGUACAGAAAAUUUCUGCAGCAUUGAAGGUUCACAAAAGCAUGUAGUCUCUGUUACCCUUAAUGGAAGAAGUUUGAAAAAACAAGGACUCUUCCUAGAGCUGGUCUCCUAGCCCUAGAGCUGGUCUCCUAGCCAAACUGAGCAAUUGGUAAAGAAGGGCCAUGUCUAGACUGGUGACCUAGAACCUGAUGGUCACUCUAGUUGAGCUCCAUGAUCAUAUAUGCAAAUGGGAGAACCUACAGAAGGACAAACAUUAUUGCAGCUCUCCACCAAUUUGGGCUUUAUGGCAGUGUGGCCAAACUCAAUCCUCUAUUCAGUGAAGACAUGAAAACACACUUCUAUUUUCAAUAAAGCAGCUAAAGGACCUUCAGAAACAAGAUUCUUUGGUCUGAUGAACCUCAAUUCUAAACAUCAUGUUUGAAGGAAACCAGGCACUGCUUAUCAUCUGCAGAAAACCAUCCCAAAAGUAAAGUAUGCUGGUAGAAGCCUCAUGCUGUGGGGCUGUUUUUCAGCAGCAGGGACUGAGGGACUCAUCAGAGUAGAAGAAAAGAUCAAUGCACCAAAACAUUGAGAUAGCUGAAAUGAAAACCUAGUCCAGAGCAUUCAGAACAUCAGACUGGGCAGAAGGUUCACCUUCCAACAGGACAAUGACCCUAAACACACAGCAAGAGUGGCCUAUAGACAACUCUGUGAAUGUCCUUGAGUGGCCCAGCCACAGCCUGGGAUUUAACCCAAUCAUAUAUUUCUGGAGAAACCUGAAAAUACCCCCAUCCAACCUGACAGAGCUUGAGAGGCGAAGAGGCGAGAAGAAGAAUAGCAGAUAAUUGCCAAAUGAUAAUGCUCAAAGCUUGUCGCAUCAUACCCAAAAAGAUUUGAGGCUGUAAUUGGUGAAAAGAUGCUUCAACAAAGUAUUGGGUAAAGGCUAUGAUAAGUCCUUGGACUUCAUGGCUUGGUUUGUGCUCUGAUAUGCACUGUUAACUAUGGGACUUUAUAUAGACAGGAGUGUACCUUUCCAAAUCAUGUCCAUUCAACUGAAUUUACCACAGGUGGGCUCCAAUCAAGUUGUAGAAACAUCAAGGAUGAUCCGUUGAAAUAGGAUGCCGUAAUAAAAAACAAAAAAAAAACAAAAACAAACAAACAAACAAUGAAUUUAAUAAAUUUUUGAAUAAAGCUGUAACAUAGUAAAAUGUGGGAAAAAGUGAAGCGCUGUGAAUAGUUUCUGGAUGCUCUAUAUAUGUAUGUAUGUAUGUAUGUAUAUAGGUGAUUUGGGUGAAUUAUACACAGUAAUAAUAAAAUUUUACUUGUUUUAAGAGGUUAUUGUUAAACUUCA